AUAUAAGAUACUAGUUAAUGCACGUAGCCUCCAUCAACAUAUCAGAAUUUGGAACCAUUUGGAAAAAAAUUAUGUCACGUAGUUUCAGCUUUCUCGGGUUUCAAUAUGGCUCUCCUAGAAAGCCUCCAAAUAAACCAGCUCCCGAGUUGAGUUUCUCCAAAGAGAGGCAAAGGUCUAGCUUGUCAAGGCCUUCAUCCCAGCCAAAAGCUGAGGAGAUAAGAUAUGUGUUUGAUAAAUUUGACACCAACAAAGAUGGGAGGAUCAGCAGGGAAGAGUACAAGUCAGCCCUGAAGACCCUUGACAAAGAAAUGGCAGAAGCUGAGAUUGCCAAGACCUUUAAGGCUCUUGACAGUGAUGGAGAUGGGUUCAUAGGGUUCAAGGAGUUUGUGGAGAUGUUCAACAUGGGAGCUGAUCAGGCACGAGAGGCUGACAUCGAAAGCGCGUUUCGAUUGUUUGAUCUGGAUGGCAAUGGGAAGAUAAGUGCAGAGGAGUUGUCUCUGGUGCUGAAGAAGCUAGGAGAGAAUUGCAGUCUUGGGGCUUGCAGGAACAUGGUGAAAGGAGUGGAUACUAAUGGUGAUGGUUUAAUUGACAUGAAUGAGUUUUCCCAAAUGAUGGGGAACUUCAAGAAACCAACUGCUUAAGAGAUCAUUUAUAUAAAUUUUAGAUCUCAUAUCCUAUGUUAUAGCCAUAUAUUUAGUCUUGCUUAUAAUAAUACCUGUAAGGGUUGUCUGCCCAUGUUCUUAAAUAAGAAUAAUAUGCUGUCUGCCUUUGCUUUUAA